UGACGUGCUUCGGGUGCCGUUAGCCGGGAGGAAGAUGGCGACGGCGGCGGCUGCGGCGAGCGCCAGCAGCGGCAGCAGCGACACUUCGAGCACCGGCGAGGAGGAGCGGAUGAGGCGCCUCUUCCAGACCUGCGAUGGGGACGGAGACGGCUAUAUCAGCAGGAAUGAUUUGCUCAUGGUGUGUCGCCAAUUAAACAUGGAGGAAUCUGUAGCUGAAAUCAUGCAUCAAUUGGGAGCAGAUGAGAAUGGGAAAAUCUCCUUUGAGGAUUUUACACGAUGUCGAAUGCAGCUGGUGUCUGAAAUAAGAAAAGAGGAAGGGGAACUUUCAGUAAAGUCAGAUGACUCUUGCAAGAAAAGAAAAUUACGGGAUAGAAUAGCUUCGUGGCCAACCAGCAGUGACAACAGUCUUGAUGCUGCUGGACCUUCUGUAUUGCAAGAUCUAACAUCAACUGGAGACUCCAACAAUGAAUCCUCCAUUGUAAUUGUGGAAGAGAAUGAGAAAGGACGGCAAAAUAGUGCAUCUCCAAGUGAAGGCAACCUGGAUAAAUCUUCUUUUCAAGGUGCAUUGACAGGAGCCAGGGAGAGCUGGGAAUAUGAUUCUGGAGCUCGGGAUCUUCAAAGUCCAGACCUGCAAUCCCACCCUACUCUUCAGAAACUAUUUGAGUAUGGUGGAGGCAACCUGGAUCAGCAAACUGCUCUGCAAAAACUUUUAGCUCGAGCUUCUAACUUAAGUACUCCAAUGGGGGGUAGUUACCUGGAAUUAGCUAACACACUACAUUUAGCAGCCCUGGCAUCUCUAAAAACUGACAUAGUGGACCUCAACAAAAGACUACAGCAUACAGAACUGGAGAGGGACUUGUUGGAAAAGAAAUUAGCAAAAUCUCAGGUCUCCCCAUUUACCAUCCAAAGUGGAGAGGGCAAGCCGCCUGCUCCCAGGCCACUGCCAAUGCCACAAUAUAAUUGGCUGCUAGGAGGUUCACAAGAUUGUCCCGAGUGUGAACAAUCGCAUCUCAUGAGGGAACAUGAAGAGGUUCAGGAAAGGACGACCCUACGUUAUGAAGAACGCAUCACUGAACUCCAUAGUAUAAUUGCAGAGCUGAAUAAAAAGAUAGACAGGCUACAGGGAACAACAAUAAGAGAAGAAGAUGAGUAUUCAGAGUUGCGUUCAGAACUUAGCCACAGUCAACAGGAGGCAAAUGAUGAUUCUAGGAGUGUGGACCAGGAUCAAACAUCUGCCUCAGUACCAGAGAAUCAGUCUAUCAUGGUAUCUGCAGACAUAGAUACAUGCAGUGACCUUAACUCGGAGCUGCAGAGGGUAUUAACUGGACUGGAGAGUGUGGUAUGUGGAAGGAAGAAAAGCAGCUGCAAUUUAUCAGUGGCAGAGGUAGAUAGACAUAUUGAACAACUCACCACUGCCAGUGAGCACUGCGACCUGGCCAUAAAGACUGUUGAGGAAAUUGAGGGAGUAUUAGGACGUGACUUUUAUCCCACCCUCACCGAGGAGAGAUCUCGAUGGGAGAAGGAGUUAGCGGGCCUCAGGGAAGAAAAUGAAAGCCUCACAGCGAUGUUGUGUAGUAAAGAAGAAGAGCUGAACAGAACCAAGGCCACCAUGAAUGCUAUACGUGAAGAAAGAGACCGGUUACGACGGAGGGUGCGAGAGCUGCAGACACGUCUGCAAAGCAUUCAGGCAUCUGGUCCAGCUAGUCCAAGCCGCUUGACUGCAGCAAAUCGACCAAUCAACCCAAGUACUGGUGAGCUCAGCACAAGCAGCAGCAGCAAUGAUAUCCCUAUUGCAAAGGUUGCUGAACGGGUAAAGCUGUCUAAAACAAGGUCAGACUCGUCUUCUUCAGACCGGCCAGUUCUUGGUUCAGAGAUUAGCAGUAUUGGUGUGUCCAGUAGUGUAGCAGAACACCUGGCCCAUUCUUUGCAGGACUGUUCCAAUAUCCAAGAAAUUUUUCAAACACUCUAUUCCCAUGGGUCAGCCAUCUCUGAAAGCAAAAUUCGUGAAUUUGAAGUGGAAACUGAAAGGCUAAACAGUCGAAUUGAACACUUAAAAUCACAAAAUGACUUAUUAACUAUAACAUUGGAAGAAUGCAAAAGCAAUGCUGAAAGAAUGAGUAUGCUGGUUGGUAAAUAUGAAUCCAAUAGCACAGCAUUAAGGCUUGCAUUGCAGUACAGUGAGCAAUGCAUUGAAGCCUAUGAAUUACUGUUGGCCUUGGCUGAGAGUGAACAAGGGCUUAUUCUGGGGCAAUUCAGAGCUGCUGGUGUUGGAUCUGUAGGUGAUGAAAAUGGUGAGGAAAACAUAACAUUGAUGUUAAAGCGGGCACAUGACUGCAGGAAAACUGCAGAGAAUGCUGCAAAAGCACUAUUAAUGAAACUCGAUGGUAGUUGUGGUGGUGCAUGUACUGUAACGGGAUGUAUUGUACAACCUUGGGAAAGUCUGUCUUCACACAGUCACACCAGCACCACAAGCUCAACUGCCAGCAGCUGCGAUACUGAAUUUACAAAAGAAGAUGAGCAGAGAUUGAAGGAUUAUGUUCAGCAGCUCAAGAAUGACAGAGCAGCAGUCAAGCUAACCAUGUUAGAACUGGAAAGCAUUCACAUUGACCCACUAAGUUAUGAUGUUAAGCCUCGGGGCGACAGUCAGCGACUUGAUCUGGAGAAUGCGGUUCUAAUGCAAGAGCUCAUGGCUAUGAAGGAGGAAAUGGCUGAACUGAAGGCCCAACUUUAUCUGAUGGAGAAAGAGAAGAAAGCGCUUGAGCUAAAGCUGAGUACUCGAGAAGCCCAAGAACAAGCUUACCUUGUGCACAUUGAACACCUGAAAUCAGAAGUAGAAGAGCAAAAAGAGCAACGUAUGCGGUCUCUCAGCUCAACUAGUAGUGGAGGAAAAGACAAACCAGCUAAAGAAUGUGGUGAAGGAGUAACGCAUGCUGUAACAUUAGCUGAACUCAGAACAUAUAAUGAUAGUGAACUUGCUGUUGAGUUAACAAAUGCACUGAGAAGAGAGAAGAAAUUAAAAUCUCGCGUGCAGGAAUUGGUAACUGCUUUAGAAAGAAUGACGAAAAGCAGUGAAGUGCGACAUCAACAGUCUGCAGAGUUUGUUAAUGAUCUCAAAAGAGCAAACAGUAAUCUAGUAGCAGCUUAUGAAAAGGCAAAGAAGAAGCAUCAAAACAAACUGAAAAAGCUGGAGGCACAAAUGAUGGCUAUGGUGGAAAGACAUGAAACACAAGUGCGAAUGCUAAAACAGAGAAUAGCGCUGCUUGAAGAAGAAAACUCCAGGCCUCAGACAAAUGAGACAUCUCUGUAGGAAAACAUUUAGGUGUUAUGGAUACUGUAAAUUGAUACGUUUUGCCACAGAAACUCAGAAGAUCAAAAUAUAAAAAUGGAAACAAGUUAUUGGUUCUUUCUGCUGAUCAAAGGGAACAAGGGUUUCUUCAGUCAUCCAGAUAUUACCACUUUCAACAGAACAGCAGGACAUGAUAGAAGUGGCACCUCAGCAAUUUGGGACUUAAAUAAAAUUUGUAAAUCAUCCCUUACAUGUGCCUGCACACUUCACAGCAUUAUACUUAAAAAGAAACUUACAUCUUAUUAUUGUCUUAAUAUAUCAAAUAUGCAUCUGUAAUUUGCAUUGCAGAGAGCUUUAUAUUAUCACAUUGUACCAAAAAGGCGCGUAAUUGUACAGCAAGGAUUUAGUGUAUUUAGUGUGUGCUGCUACCAACUACUUUGUUUUAUUAUUAAAAUCAUUUUAUGCCAACUUGAGAAACCAACAUGCUAUGUCAAAAAUUUCAAACUAUAUUCUCUCAGUAAGACUGUUAUAAAGCAAUUGUUAUGAAAGAUCCUUCUGAACAAAUUCUGAGGAAGAUUGAAAAUAAUACUGUAGUCCAUGUGGUAUUAAUGCAGAACUAAGAAAUUGUGGAUAGCAAUCCUGAAAGAUGGAUCAGGUUCAUCUAAGGAGCAGAUAUAAUUCCAAUUAUUAAAUGUUUUGUAUAUAUAGCGCCUGAAUGGACCAUAUCUUGUCACAAAAUCUCAUUCCCCAGCUCAAAUAACCGGCCAUUAUAGCUAGCAUAUAACUUUGUCUUGCUUCUUGGUAUAAAAUGGAUUAUGUAAAAAUCCUUACUAUAUGCCAUUACUUUGUUUAAUGCAUAGCUAUGUUUAUACAAUUAUGUUUCGCCUGUUAAGUAUUUAGGCAGAACCAGCUUAGUUUGGGAUAUUCACUUUGGUUUAAUUCAAACUGACUCAAAGGUAUUGAAUACUAAGCCAGAUCUGAACUAUAAUAACAAUCAAUAAAUGUCUAAACCUAUUUUUUAUUGUUGAUAUUUGCAUACCAUGGGUAAUUAGUCAAACAAGCUAAGAAAAAAAUUGGAAACUGGAGUACUGUCCCUUUCAGCCCAGGUAGAUAUACCCUUCCAUUCCAGGACCGUGCGAGGUCAUUUCUGGUGAACCUUGUUGUUUUCCAACUAUUGAUAUUUGUUGCUUACUUUUUGAAUCCCUGAGAAAUGUUUUGUUACAGCCUGCAUUUUGGCAGCCUCCUUACAGAAAUCACCCCAGUGUUUUUUUGGGGGGAGGUCGAACACAUGCAGGAACCAAUUUCCGUGCUUAAGAACAAAAAAAACAGAGUUCCACAUACACAGGUUGACUGCUCCUAGAAAUUUCCCAUUAGUCUGGAAUGGAGUGAGCACUUUCUUUAGAGGGACUCAUCCUGUUUAUUUAAUUCUGGAAUUAAGCACCCCCCUAAUUCCUGCCCUAAGUGACUGGUCUGCCAUUCCAAUUCCUGCUUAAGAUCUAGGCUGACUGGUCUCAUCAACAGUGUCUUGAGUACUGAGAACCUGCCUGGCUCAGAAUCGGACAACUGAGACUGCCACA